AUGACUCCAGCAGACCUUGUUUGCGGCAUGGAUACGGGAGGGUGCAAGGAAGGCCUGCAAAAAUGCUUCGACACACAAGCCCAGGCCGAACAGCCCGAGAACGACCCUCCCGGAGAGUUGGAGGGUGAUCCGGUGCCGAGGAAAGACGAAGAGACUGCUGCGGAGUGCAUUCGUCUUCAGAACAUCCUGGACAGGAUGAAGCAGCUCAUGCGCGAAGAGAGAGCCGUCUGGAACGAAGAACGGGCACAACUCUUGGAUGAGUUGUCAGCUACGCGGCGGGCCUUGUCGGCUUCGGAGGCUGCUCGCGAAGCGGCAGAGCUGGCUCUGGCUCAACGACGGAGUGCGUGCGGCGCUGGACGCGAUGUCCCUGGACAAGAGACCUUCGGGGCCUUCUCAAGACGAAUUCAGAGCAUACAGCAGGCAAUUGCGCCCUGCUGGCCAAUGGACCAGAAUGCAGACGACGCAGCGCUGGCCAAUGAGUUGGACUUCUCCUUUGAGGAGCGAGCCGACUUGCUCGCAGACCUCCUCGAGGCGGACGACAGCUCCGUCCUGCCGCUGUUGGAAUGCCCGCCAGAGGUCCUUUCCUCCGUUCUGCUUCUGUCAGCGCUUUGUCGGCAAACCGGAGGCGGUGACAACGGUUCGGAUGAGACCACUGUGCCGGAUGAUGCGUGCAAACCGCUUCGAUUUCGGGUCAUCGCUCUGCACAUUAUCCUAGUCUUGCCUGUGAGCGUAUUGGCAGUCCCUUUGCCCAGCGCUGAUGCUCGGCGGCUGGAGUGGGAUCCGUUGAUGAUUUGCGCACCGCCGGCAUUACGAUACAGCCUACUGGCUGCAAUGCAGGUGAGACGUCAGCUUUGGACUCAGCACGGCCCGUCGUUAGGGGCCGGCUGGGACUGGUUCAGUGCCAAGGUGUGCCGCCGAAUGGCCGUUCCGACCUUCCUGCGCUGGGCAUCGCUACAGCACGACGGCAAGGCUCUGCAAGCGCUGCUAAGACCUCUUGGCCUUUCAACUGGAGAUGCGGUGUCAAGCGGCGCUGUCCUUCCAGGGCAGAAGCGAAAGCGAGCAAACGACGCAGAUGAAGAAGCAGAGCCAGCAAAGCGGAUAGGCAUGCGCUUCAGAUGCGGACGCUCCGAUGCGGUUGACCUGAGCGAGGAAGCCGUCAACGACAUCUACGAAACGGUGCAAAGAUGGCACAGCAAAGAGCAUCGGGAGAUGAUGCGAGCACACUUUCAGGGCACAGAUACCUCCAAGAAGGGCAAGACUCAGCUGCCACGGGGCAACAGUGGAGUUUUCAGUGUUACUCCCACUCUCGAUGCUCACGAGGCAACAGUCUUCGCAUUGAAUGAAAGUCAGCCGGAGCCGGACACAGCAAAGAAGCCUCAAGCAGAAGGACGUGGUGCGGCCUCAAUUAACAUCGAAGAGGCGCAGCUCAGGCUAGCUGUCGAGCUGUCGAAGAGGGAAGCAGAGCAGCCAGAGAAGGAGAAGGCCCAGGAGACGCAGAAGGAUCCCCAGUCAAAGGCCCAGGCCGUUCCUGAGGAGAUUCAGGCGGAAGCCGUGCCAGAAAAGACUCAGGACGCCGCAGAUGUCCGGGUGCCGGAGUUCGAAGGGCUUCCGCUCCGUGGAGAAGGGGGAGUUCCAGCUGCCCAGGUCUUCGUCAAGCCGCACUGCCUGGCGGCCCGAGUCGAGGCCUUGCCAGAUGCUUUGGAAAGAUCCAUCGAAAGCAUUGUCCACAAGCUAGUCACGCCAGGGUCCUGGGCGCUGCUCUAUGAGUCCAUCACGGAGGAGCUUUGCCUCAGGGCUCGAUGUGCUGCACAUGCUCUUUGCGCGUCGCACGCCGGGGCGAUGGAUCAGUUAGAAGAUGUGGCGACCGACACAGCCAAGCUCCAGGGCUCUUCCACGGGCAUCUCUUUGGACCAGGAACGCCUUUGUUUGCCAAUCUGGCGCCGCAGCUCCGUCAUGACCGGGCUUGGACUCUCGUGUCUCACGGAGAGCGCACGCGGCUUUUCUGCGGAGAAGCUUCGCCUGGACCGGGCGCGCCACGACUUCUUGAAGCAUGCCAUGCUGGAGUGGUGCGAGCUGGAGGAUCUCACGGAGUUCCUCGACGCGCAGCUGGGGCCCCUGGAGAUGGCUAUCGACAACUUCCGGGGAAGCCAGGAGGUGAACGGCGGGGCGCACACACCUCACGUCCGGGACAUCGGGCGCCUGAUGUUUCGGAACCACUGUCUCUUGGACUCUCGGGUCUUCAGGCCCUUGUGCUUGGCAGCCUACGCACUGGUCCAUGAGGCGAGAGUUGCUUCAGGAGAAAAGAGAGAUCCCGACAGUGUGGAUGCUCUCGUCGACCUUCUGGAGCACUUUCACGGCAUGCUGGUGGGUUGCGAUGUUGCCGACGACCACUUGUCCUCAUCCAAGAACACCAAGGAGUUUCGGGUCCGUUGCGGAUAA